CUUUUCUAGGCCAGCCAAAUCCCGCAAGUAGCCGGGACAUAGCCACAAAAACUACGCUGUCAAAUAAAGAAACAAAAAUCGACACAAACAAUGGACCAAAUUCAACAAAUCCACCUUCCGAAAGUAAUUCAAACAAAACUACAAGGAGAAUCCUAAGCCAUCUCUUUCUCUCUCUUUGCUAGGCCAACAGAGAGUUUCUGGAUCGGUAAACUUUUUGUGUUUGGUAAUUGUGCAUGUUCUUCAAUCCCUCUUUUCUGACACAGGAUUAGAAGAGAGAGAAAAAAAUAAAGAAGAGAGGGAAUGGAGAGCAUACCCGGAUGGCAGGUGAUCUCUCUCUGUGGGAUUGUGUCAUGGAUUGUGAUAUCGUCAAUGUUCAAUGUGACCCAAAAGCUUAGAUCUUUGACCCAACCUUGGGUGUCUCAGAAAGUCGUAUCUGGCACUCCUACCAUCCUUCAGAUCCAGAAAUACCAGCGUGGGCUUUUGGAUGCUUUAUUCUCUGGGUUGUCUUGUGUGGUUUCUGUGCCUUUCUACACUGCUUUUCUUCCUUUACUCUUCUGGAGCGGCCAUGGCAAAUUGGCUAGACAGAUGACCCUUUUGAUGGCCUUCUGUGAUUAUAUGGGGAACUGUAUAAAGGAUGUGGUAUCAGCUCCUAGACCAAGUUCUCCACCUGUUAGAAGAGUGACUGCAACAGAAGACGAGAAAGAGAACGCGCUGGAAUAUGGAUUGCCUUCUUCUCACACACUUAAUACAGUGUGCUUAUCUGGAUACCUCUUGCAAUACGUCCUAUCCUACAGCCAAAAUGAAACUGUCACUAUGGAACUGGCAGGAUUUUCCAUGGUUUGCUUGCUUGUAGGCCUCAUUGGCCUUGGAAGAAUCUACCUUGGCAUGCACAGCUUGGUUGACAUCAUUUGUGGCCUAGCAUUUGGAUUAACAAUCCUGGGAUUUUGGCUGUCUGUUCAUGAAUACAUGGACAAUUUCAUAAUUUCAGGACAAAAUGUGACAUCCUUUUGGUCUGCUAUUACUUUCUUAUUGCUCUUUGCUUACCCUACACCAGAGCUUCCUACUCCAAGUUUUGAAUAUCACACGGCCUUCAGCGGGGUUGCAUUGGGAAUUGUAACUGGGGUCCAGCAAACUUAUCAUCAGUAUCAUCAUGAAUACGUUCCACGCAUCUUUACUCCUCAACUUCCGGUUCUAGCCUUUGUGGGUAGAAUGUUAGUGGGAAUCCCUACAAUACUACUUGUCAAGUACUGCAGCAAGGCUUUAGCUAAAUGGAUUCUUCCCAUAACAGCAAACAUAUUGGGCAUCCCAAUAAGAUCAACCAGCUACAUCCCAGCACUAACUGGUUCAUCAACUGGCAAAAAGUCAGAUGAAGCUAAGCAAUCAGGUUAUCUCCAAAAGCUGUUCUUUUUAUCCCAACAGGACUCAUUUGAUGUUGAUACCGGUAUAAGGCUCCUUCAGUAUGCUGGUCUAGCGUGGUCGGUGGUAGACCUUGUUCCUUCUCUAUUCACUCACCUGAGCUUGUGAGAUGCUUUGCAGUUCUUGUAAGAACUUACUUGCCUUUUUCUUUUGGGCCUUUGGUUCCUCUUUUUGGGCAAUAUUAUAGAGAAUAUAUUGGUAUGCUGAUUUUGUAGGGCAGACAUUAUUGAGGAAGCAUCUUUUAUUUCUUCAUUUUAUGUAAUAUAUGGUAUUGUAAAUGAAGAUACUCGCCUUCCUUGAUUUUUAACAAUUAACGAGCCUGAAAUUCCUGCGGG